ACAUAUCAUAUCCAGCAUUAGAAUCAUCAUAUAUCUAGCUUAAUUUCUUCUCCCUUAAACCAUUUUUCUUCUCUCCUCUUUCUUCAAGUUGUUAGCCAUGGCUCCAAAAAAAUUCUCCGAAAUUAAACACAAUCUCCUUGCAUCCUUAUUAGGGUUAUUUUUGUUUCUUUUUAGCAUUGCCUCUGCACAAUUAUGCCCUGAUUUCUACGAGAAAACGUGCCCCGGAGCACUUCCUGCUAUUGAAAAUGUGGUCAGAGCCGCCGUGGCAAAUGAAUCCAGAAUGGGAGCAUCUUUGCUUCGUCUUCAAUUUCAUGACUGCUUUGUUAAUGCAAGGGUUCAGAAAUGGAAGUUGGGUGGACCUUACUGGACAGUUUUACUGGGCAGAAGAGAUUCAACCAUUGCUAAUUUCAGCGGUACCAUAGACAUUCCCUCUCCACUUUUGAAUCUAAGCGGCCUCAUCACUGCCUUCGCCAACAAAGGAUUAAGUGCAAGCGAUUUGGUUACUCUCUAUGGUGCACAUACAGUUGGACAAACUAGGUGUACCAUUUUCCGAAGCCGUAUCUACACUGAAAACAACAUCGAUCCCUCCUAUGCGGCAUCAUUGAGAGCAAUCUGUCCGGCCACCGGAGGAGAUGACAAUCUUGCUCCUUUAGACACAGAAACUCCAACAGUUUUCGAUAAUGACAUCUACAAGGACAUGAUGGUGGAAAGGGGGAUAUUGCACUCUGACCAACAGUUCUACAGCGGCGGCUCAACGGACUCCCAAGUUGAGGGUUAUAGCAACAAUCCUGAGGCUUUUGCUGUAGAUUUUGGGUAUGCGAUGAUUAAAAUGGCAAACAUUAGCCCUCUCACCGGUACCAGCGGCCAAGUCAGGUUGAACUGUAGGAAAGUCAACUGAGUCUCAACAUGCUAAUUAGACUCGUUCUAUCUAUAUGUGAAUCUCGUGGUUUGAUUACAUGAACAAAGUGGCCUUGGAGUUGUUACUUCUCCUUCGAAGAUAUGUUCCAAGUUCAAGUCCUAUUGUAUGUAGAUUGUUCUUCAAUUUUAUGUUGGUUUAACUGCAAAAUUUAGUUUGAAUUAUAUUUUUUUGAAAAAGUGUUUUGGAAUCCAGCUAAGAAGUACUUUGUUUACUCCUAAAAUUAAAAUUCAGUAGGAGAA